UUUCAAUUACUCGCAUAUUGGUUACACAACUUCACUUCCGUUCUGUUGUCAUUUAGAAUAAAUUGUCAAAUCUGAUUGAUAUAAGAUUAAAAUUUACUGGUACAAAAUGAAGUAAAUAAUAGCAUUAGAGAAGGAAGAUGUUUGGCCUCCAUGGCCUGAGUAAAGUGAAGAGACUCUUACUGGGGAUUUUCGUCCUCCUGGUGGUAGAUUUGAUAUGGGUGGCAUCAUCGGAAGUGACUGAGUAUAUCUUCAAAGAUGCUCACUAUGACAAACCCUUCUUCACCACUUACAUCAAAACAAGCAUGUUCAGUGUGUACCUACUGGGGUUUAUCUUCUUCGAGCCCUGGAGACAGCAGUGUAAAAAUAAGACUUCCUCGAUGACAAUCAAUAAUGGUGGAAAUGAAGCUGUUUCACAGGAAGUCAUGACUGAACCCCAAUAUGUUCCAGCAAAAUUUGAUGACAAGACCAGUGGAACAGAAUCAGACGAUUCUACCUCAAUAAAUCGCUCAGUAAGGUUUAGCAAGGUGAAUGAAGUCCGCCAACUCUCAGAGAGUUAUGCUGAGGAUGCUUUGAUAGCCCGACUGUCGUAUUCGGCGUCUUUGAGGGCAGAAGAAUCUCGUUUAAGAGCUAAUUCCAAGCUUACUGUUAAACAGGUGGCCAAGCUGGCCUUGUUGUUUUGUGUGUUGUGGUUUGUGGGGAACUUUUCGUACCAGGAAGCUUUGAAGGACACGGAGGCCGGCAUUGUGAAUGUCCUAUCGUCCACCUCGGGUCUGUUUACCCUUGUCUGUGCAGCUAUCUAUCCCAGCUCUAGUGCUGAUCGAUUCACUCUCUCCAAACUCUCGGCAGUACUUCUCAGUAUUGGUGGGAUUGUAAUGGUCAGCUUGGCUGACCUCUCGUUUGAAGAUCAGAUUCCUGUAGGGGCUCUUUGGGCAUUGUGUGGCUCCAUGCUGUAUGCUCUGUAUCUUGUGUCCCUCCGUCGUCGGGUCGAUCACGAAGAUAAGCUGGAUAUUACCAUGUUCUUUGGGUUUGUGGGCGUGUUCUGCGUUCUCUUCUUGUGGCCCGGAUUUCUCAUUCUUCACUAUAGCGGAUCUGAGUUGUUUAGGCUGCCUGAUUCUCGCCAGUGGCUCUUUAUUGCGAUCAACGGUCUGAUUGGAACUGUCUUGUCAGAAGUUUUAUGGCUCUGGGGGUGUUUUCUGACGUCAUCUUUGAUUGCGACACUUGCCCUAAGUUUGACCAUUCCACUCACAAUGCUGACUGAUGUUUUUUGGAAAGGGGUGACCUAUCACUGGAUGUUUUACGUGGGUUCUGUCCCUGUGUUCAUCGCAUUCUUUGCCGUCAGCUUGUUGACGCACUACGAGACGUGGGAUCCUGUUUUACUCUGCUUCAAAAAGAUUCUGCACUGUUUCUGUCGGCGGCGACUGUUACCCAGAACAGGAGGAAAGUGUGUUCAGAUUAGAGUACGAGAAAUUGACCGGGAGCAGACCGAGAGUUUGAUAGAUGGCAGUUCGUGAAAGUUGUUCCAGUGAAGCUGUGAUCUGUUCUGUUUGUAUUCACUUCCGUGUUAUGACUUUAUGACUAACACAAUCUACUGUAAAAGUCCUGCAGCUUUAGUCAAUGCAAUUUGUUUUAUACUGUUUGGAGGUGUUUGUUGAUUUUUCACUCACUUUAAUGCUAAGCACAUUUAGAAUUACCCCAUGGAACCAAUAAUUCAGAGAAUCUUAUUAAUAAUUUAGGAUAACUUUGUAUUGUAUUAAUUAAGCAGAGGAAAUCUGUGUGUAUACACAGUGGAUUAUGGGGGGAGGGAGGGGGGUUCUCCUCAUUGCUGACAGAUCUUGAGUCACAGAUAUUGAAUGAAAACAAAGGUAGGAAUUUUUUAUUACAAGCAGAAAAAUAACAGUUACUGUUAAGAUGAUUAAAUGUUCAUUUUUCUUUUGAUGAACCUUCAAGAAAUCUUUUUUAAACUAUGGCAUUAUUUAAUAAUUUUCAAACCUUUGGUUUGUCCUACAAUGGAACAUAAAGAUUAUUGAAUGUAAGGGAUUGACAGAACUUCUAGUAGAAAUAAAAUACACUGUGGUUAUCAUACAGCAAAGACUAGUUAUUCAUAAUGACUAAGUGUAUAGAUUACUGGUUAAGGACAUAAGGUACACCCACCCUCCAAACAAAAUAUUAUUGAAUUUGGAAACUAUUUGUAAAUUUUUAAUGUUGCUAAAAACCUAUAUUUAACAUGCAAUUCUCCUAUGAAACCAUUUUUUUUUUUUUUUUUUUUUUUUUUUUUUGGCAUUAUUCACAAAUCUUUACUUGAUAAUUCAGUGGAAAACAAUUAUCCAAAAAUCAAAAACUUUGAGAAACGUCUUUUAUUGGGUGCAUUUCAUGUGUUAAUAACCAAUUUGCAUUGGGUUUUUUUUUUUAUCAGAUGAUAGAAAAUUCCACGUAAACAGAACAGCGAAAUCCUACGUCAUUAAUUUGAUGUAUAAAAAAUCUGGGGUAUCCUAUGACUUAAAUGACGUGUACACACAAAUGAGGUCAGGCACACUACAGACUUGUAAUGAAAUGAAUGUACAGAUUUACAAUAUUUACAUUAUCAAUGUUUUUGCCUUUGAUAUCUCUACAAAUUGUAAUGAUAUAGCAUUACCUCAUGAACACGCUGCAGUUGUAAACAAUGUGUGUAUGAAUACAGAACUACUUGAUAAAUAUAGUACGCCUAUUUUAACGGUUAGGAAUUCCAACAGAAAUGAAAGUAGAAUGUAAACGUAAGAAACAAAUUUCAUUCUAGUUUAAAACAAUAUUUUUUUCAAUAGUUUAUAACAGUAUUUACAAGGCACAAGUACCUUAUAGAAAGAGAUUGGAUUUAGCAAGCCAUGCAAAGGCUUAAGUAAUUCCACUUUCGCAGUUCAAUUCCCUCAAUGUAUUUUAAAAAACUAGAUUUAUUUCUCCAAAGUAUGUACAGUCCCUUACUCUCAAUACUUUUGAUGUGAGGUUUGAGUUACUUGUGCAACAGAAACCCCUUGGAUUUAAAAGACAUGGAAUUUGUAAUGCACUCAAAACUAUAAUAUUGACUUGAACAUUUUGCAGUUAGAUUGCAAAAACUAGAUGUUAAUUUAAUGGCCAUAACAAAUACUUAGUUAGAAAUACAAAUUAAAAUAUUGCAAAGUUGUUUUGACGGUCUCCAUCACCCGGCUGGGAACAUCUUAUAUGCUAUGUUUUAGUGUGGAUGAGUGGUGAGUGCUGUUAUUCAUAGGCCCAGCCUCCAUGUUUUUCAUGAUACAUAAGAACUUUCCGAGAAUUCUUUGCGUGAAAGUCAGUGUCAUUCUUGAAAAACUUUUUAUGUUUUAGUCCUUUGGUAUUGAGUAAAUUUUUAUUUGCUUACUUUUGAAUUUGCCCAUCCAGUUUGUAUGCAUCUUCACAACAUCAGAGGCCCAUAGCCACAAGUGGACUUGGGACCCCACGGCCACGAGUGGACUGGGACCCCACGGCCACGAGUGGACUGGGACCCCACGGCCACGAGUGGACUGGGACCCCACGGCCACGAGUGGAUUCGGGACCCCACGGCCACGAGUGGACUCAGUACACCACGAGUGGACCUGGGACCCCUGAUGUCAUGAGGAUGGUUUGAAUUUGAAAUAGGCAAAAAUAAAAUGAAAACGAAAAUUUUCGAAGACAAAUUAUUUCAUCAAGUUAUUAGAGUUAAACAUUGUGGAAAUAAUGAGUUGAUAUACAUACAUGUAUGUAUGCAUGUUAAUCUGUAUGCAAUACUAUACAAUUAUCAGGUAAUUUUAGCACAUUGGAAAUGUCAGCGGUUUUUGGUGGAUGAAGAAAAAUAAAAACUGGUUGACCAAAAAUUUCGAUUUAUAGAAAUUUUAGCUAUUUUUUGGUAAUUGCAAUGGUGUAAAAUGAAAACUUUCAAUCUGUUUACAAAAAUCCGCAAAUUAUCCUUGGCACCAAAAUUACCUGGAAAAAAGUCACAGUAGCAUGAAAUAUCAUAACUAUUUAUUGUUUAAUCAUAGAAUAUGAAUAUAUGUGUAUUUUCAAUUUAUGGACACAUUGAAAUCUGUUGAAAAUCAUUUUGUCUUUUUAAAAAACCUAAGAAUUGUUGAAUUAGGCCUUUUUUUUUAUUAUUUUUUUAUUUACAUAUAAUUAAAAUUGUAUUGGCAUGAGCUUAUAUUUAUGUCAUGACAAGAAAAACCGUUGUUUGGUAAAGGUAACUUUGUAAAACAGAAAUAGUAAGUAGUCAACAAUAUUGAGCAUAUUAUUUAUACACACUAAUGUAUAGUUCGCUAAGUGAUGAGAUCAUGUGAUAAUCUGUAAGACAACAGUGUUUAGAAAAUUGUGCAAUAUUCUGUUAUGAAUGACUAAGAAUUUAUUUGUUAAACUGUUUGUAGAAUAGUAAAUAGAAAGCACAGGAAAUCGAAUUGAAUGUUCACCAUAUCUGGGGUGGGUAUUUUUCUAGAUUAGUUGCCUUUUUUAUCAUUUAAGAGUAGGAAAAUGACAUGUUUUUAAGGUGUGAUUAUUUGAGCUAGAGUAAGACUUUAUUCUUUAUGAUACUUUACAUUCUGAAGGUUUAACUCUUCACAAUACUCUGUGCUCACAAAACAUACAAUAAAGGAAAAUUAAGUUUUA